GUCUGAGCGAAGAGUCGGACCGAAAGUGUCGUGAAUUGUGUGAAGAGAUGUCGGCUCUGAAGGCAAGCAAUGAGUCCGAAGUGAAGGCAUUGAAAGCACUGCUCAAGUCAUCAGAGGAUUCAAUGCAGAGAAUGACUGAAGAGAUGGAAAGUUUGAGAAAACAAUUGAUAACAUCUGAGAAGAGUAAUCAAGAAAUGGUCGCAGAAUUAAGUGAAUUGUCGGAUCAAACAAGUUGUUUAACUCAAGAGAUAUCAACUUUAAAUGCGAAGAAUGAGACAGAAGUACAGGCUUUGAAAGUACAGCUCAAGUCAUCAUUGGAUUUAAUGGAGACAAUGGUUACCGAAAAUAAUAAUUUGAAACAAACCGUGUAUUCGUUGUCGACAUUGGUUUCAAACAUGAGUAAUCAAAAUAUGGCCAAAGAUUUGAAGCAAAAAUUGUGUAAAAUGUCGACAAAAAACAGUGAAUUGAAUGAAGAGUUGUCGGCGCCGUCGCCGAGAUUGUGUCAAAUGAUAAAACGGCCGGACUUUGAUGGCUAUGGAUUCCAAGUGCGCACAGAGAAGGCAAACUACGGUCACUACAUCAGUAAAGUGGACGCCGACUCUCCGGCACAGUUGGCCGGACUCCGAGAGGGCGACCGUAUUAUUGAAGUGAAUUGCGUUAACAUUUCCAAUGAAAAUCUUCGACAAAUGGGCGAAAGGAUUAAAUCGAUUCCCAAUGAAACCAAACUAUUAGUGAUCGACGAGACGACUAAACUCUCGUCGGAGACUCUCGUCAGUGAAGAGUCGGACCGAAAGUGUCGUGAAUUGUGUGAAGAGAUGUCGGCUCUGAAGGCAAGCAAUGAGUCCGAAGUGAAGGCAUUGAAAGCACAGCUCAAGUCAUCAGAGGAUUCAAUGGAGACAAUGACUGAAGAGAUGGAAAGUUUGAGACAACAAUUGAUAACAUCUGAGAAGAGGUUUUGUUAUAUUCGCGAUACAAAUGAUAAUCAAGAAAUGGGCGCAGAUUUGAGUGAAUGGUCGGAUCAAACAAGUGAAGAGUUGUUGGCAUUGAAGGCAUCCAAACAUAUCAUUGAAUCGGAAGUCAAUACUUCGGCUCAAGAACUCAAUGCACAGAAUAUUAGACAUUCAGUGAGUGAUUCGUCGUCCAGUUGUUCAUCGAUCGGAUCCCACAAUCAAUUGACCACUAAUUCAGACAAAACCAGAGAUGAGAUCAAUAGUGGGGAAGACGAGACACAGAUGGCUGAACACAAGUCACUCGGGAAGCGAUACUCGGAUCUCGUGGUCACUCACGAAGAAUACGUAUCGGCGCUCGAGUCGGUUCAGGAGGAGAGCCGCAGAUAUCGCCACUUUGCUAUCAUUGAGAAGAAUGGACUCAAACAACAGUGCACUCAAGCCAUCAAACAAUGGGAUAAAGCCCUCCGAGAGGUCAAAGAACUGAAGGAACAGCUGACCAGAUGUAAGCGCCAGAGGGAUGAGGCGCUCAAAGAGAUCAAUCAAGCGAUGGCCGUACGGAUCAAAGCGGCCAAAGAGAUGACACGAUUGGCCGAAGAGAAUGAGAGGGCGUUAACAGCACUCGAAGGCAUCAGACAAUUGGCCGAAGACUCGGAUGACAGCGAAUCCGCGGCCAGUGUUGGCUCACACACUGAAAAGAAAACAAUGAUUUAG